CUUCAUGAAGAAACUUGGAGCUGUCUCAGAUUCAGGAAAUUGUGGACUGCAUGUACCCUGUGGAGUAUGAUAAAGAUAGUUGUAUCAUCAAAGAAGGCGAUGUGGGCUCCCUGGUCUAUGUAUGGAAGAUGGCAAGGUGGAGGUGACAAAGGAAGGCAUGAAACUCUGCACUAUGGGACCAGGGAAGGUGUUCGGAGAGCUUGCUAUCCUCUAUAACUGCACCAGGACUGCUACGGUACAGACCCUCACAAAUGUGAAGUUAUGGGCCAUUGACCGCCAGUGUUUCCAGACCAUCAUGAUGAGGACCGGACUCAUCAAGCAUGCAGAGUACAUGGAGUUUCUGAAGAGCGUUCCAACAUUCCAAGGCCUUCAAGAAGAAAUACUUAGCAAGCUAGCUGAUGUGCUGGAGGAGACUCACUACAGUGAUGGAGAGUACAUUAUUAGACAAGGUGCCAGAGGGGACACGUUCUUUAUCAUUAGCAAGGGAAAGGUGAACGUUACUCGAGAAGAUCCACCCAAUGGGACCCCUGUCUAUCUGCGGGCAUUAGGUAAAGGAGACUGGUUUGGAGAAAAAGCCCUUCAAGGAGAAGACAUCAGGACGGCUAAUGUCAUUGCUGCUGAAGCUGUCACCUGCCUCGUCAUCGACAGAGAGUCCUUCAAACACUUGAUUGGAGGUCUGGACGACGUCUCUAACAAAGGCUAUGAUGAUGCUGGUGCCAAAGCGAAAUACGAGGCAGAGAAUGCCUUCUUCUCCAACCUGAAACUGGUGGACUUCAACAUCAUCGACACCUUGGGAGUUGGAGGAUUUGGAAGAGUUGAGCUGGUGCAGCUCAAGAGUGAAGAGACCAAAACAUUUGCAAUGAAGAUUCUGAAGAAACGUCACAUCGUGGACACGCGGCAACAGGAGCACAUCCGCUCUGAGAAACAGAUCAUGCAGGAGGCUCAUUCAGACUUCAUUGUAAGGUUGUACAGGACUUUCAAAGACAGUAAAUAUCUGUACAUGUUGAUGGAGGCUUGUCUAGGCGGAGAGCUUUGGACCAUACUUAGAGACAGAGGAUCAUUUGAAGACUCCACUACACGGUUUUAUACAGGCUGUGUGGUUGAAGCCUUCGCAUACCUGCAUUCCAAGGGAAUAAUUUACCGUGAUUUAAAGCCAGAAAAUCUCAUUCUGGAUCACAGAGGGUAUGCCAAGCUUGUAGACUUUGGCUUUGCUAAAAAGAUUGGUUUUGGGAAGAAAACGUGGACUUUCUGUGGAACGCCGGAGUAUGUAGCCCCAGAGAUCAUACUGAAUAAAGGACAUGACAUCUCAGCAGACUACUGGUCAUUGGGAAUUCUUAUGUAUGAACUCUUGACUGGAAGCCCACCAUUCUCAGGACCGGAUCCAAUGAAGACAUAUAAUAUAAUUUUAAGAGGAAUCGACAUGAUAGAAUUUCCAAAGAAGAUCACCAAAAAUGCAGGCAAUCUAAUUAAAAAACUAUGCAGGGACAAUCCAUCUGAGAGGCUAGGAAACUUGAAAAAUGGAGUAAAAGAUAUCCAAAAGCACAAAUGGUUUGAAGGCUUUAACUGGGAAGGGCUGCGCAAAGGAACUCUCACCCCUCCAAUUAUUCCUGAUGUUGCAAGCCCGACUGACACCAGUAACUUUGAUAGCUUUCCUGAGGACAAUGAGGAUCCUCCUCCAGAUGACAAUUCCGGCUGGGACACUGAUUUCUAAAAAUGAAACUUGUAACAUGCCCUGCCCUGGAGUGUCUCGUGUGGUUUGUCAGCGAAGAGAAGAAUGGAAGACGUCUAGCCCAGCUCUGUGACACCAAGUUGCCUUCGCACAUACUUCUGUCCUGCGAUGCCAUUGGGGCGUCUCAGCUUCCCGCCGCACCUCACAACUACCGUGAACUGUCCUAAUGAGAAAGGCCUGGAGUCCAUAUUUCCAACACGGCUUUAGAUAUGGACUCAGACUGCCUCAUGCUGGAGCCGAUGUCUUAUAAAUGAGCCCUUCAUUAUUAUUUUUUCUUUGCUGUUUUAUGUUUGACUGAUUGCACAAGCAGUGGUUUCAGGUUUUAAGUCUGGGUCUUAAAAAGAGAAUCAUAAGAAGAGACCGUACUACGAUCCGGAGUGAGUUUUGAUAAUGUUUCUAAGAUGCAUUUUAGGACGGAAUUUAGUUUGUGGUUACUUCUGAUUGUAUGACAUUUGUGUAUGAAUAUGGCUAAUAUAUUUGGAACAGAAACACACCAGUGUCAAAUACUUAAAAAAGGUAAAAGGUAUGAUACAUAUGAUUUAAAUUAAUUUCCUUUUUAUGCAUAUUCCUCUUAAAGGAAUAGUUCACCCAAAAAUGAAAAUUCUGUUGGAAUCAUGUUGUUCCAAACCUGUAUGAUUUUCUUUCUUCUGUGGAACACAAAAUAAUAUAUUUAGAAAAAUUUUAUUAUAUUAAGUCAUUGGGAACCAAAGCUGUUCUGUUACCAACAUUCUUCAAAAUAUCUUAUUUUGUGUUCCACAGAAAAAAGAAAGUCAUAAAGGUUUGGAACGACAUGUGGGUGAGCAAAUGAUGACAGUAUUUACAAUUUUGGGUGGACUACCCCUUUAAAUGCUUAUUAGAAGUAUUAUUUUAAGGCUUAUGAAUAUGGUUUGGUUUUUAUAAAGGGAAACUGAUUAUUUUUUUUAUUUCUAGUUUUUUUUUUUAAGACAAUGGAAAUCCACUCAAAUAAUGAACCAGCCUCAAUACAGUUUGUGCACCACUAGAGGGCAGUUUUUUUUUCUAAAACACACACUGUACUUCCCCAGUAGAAGGGCAGUCAAGUCACAGCAUCCCAGAUAAAAUGUGGGUAAGAUCAGAACUGUGUUUAUGAAGUUACAUAAUCAGUUCUAUUAUUGAUACCAGACAUACUUUCAGAAUAUCAUUCACCAAUCAUAUUCAUGACUCUAUGUGACUUAUUUAAACAAUGACGAGAAGACUGCCUGUAGCUUGAACACAAAGUGCUGUGCUGGAAAACCAAUUACGUAAUCUUAUUUAUUGUAGGACCAGGAGUAAAUAUAUAUAUAUAUAUAUAUAUACAUACAGUGGUAAUAUUUUUGUGAUAUUUGUAGAGAUUUAUUGUCAGAGUAAAACCAGUCCAGACCAGCUAUUUUAGUUCUCUGUUAUCUUUACUUUUCAAGAUGGAUAUUUUGUGCUCACCAUAUAUCUUUUGGCAUUGUUGAAAGUGCCUUAACACAAUGGCAUCCAGAAUUCACCCUGCUUGUUUUGAUGCUGCACAACUAGGUCAGACACCUCAAACAUGUUCUUCUUAUUCAGUUGUGGCUUUUUUAAAGGUACAGAAAUUUAUAUGCCAUUUUCUUACAAUAAAAGCAUCUUUCGAAGUAA